AUGAAUGGGAAUCACAUAAAACAGUUAAAGAAGUUAUAUCGUCAUAUAUUGAAUGAAGCUUCUAAAUUUGAAAAUAUAAAUUACAAUGUUUACUUCACAAAUAAGGCUAAAGAAAAGUUCAGGGAAUUUUAUAGCGAUAACAAUUUUGACUCAGACAAAUUGAAAACAUUUCAAAAUGAAUGUACUGACUAUCUUAAUAUGCUUAAGAGACAAACCAUAAUUCAUAAUUUAUAUCAUGUAGAUAAACCUUUAGUUAAUAAAUAA